AUGGCUGAUAGAUUGGAUGCAGACCCUGUGGCUCAUGCCCUUGCCGGUGGUAUUGGUGGUGCUUUAAGUAUGGCUGUUACUUAUCCAUUAGUUACGCUAUCAACAUUAGCACAAACCAAAUCAUCUAAAACUCAAGAUAAUUCAAAUGAUGAUGGUGCAAAUGAAAAGAAGGGGAAAGUUUCAACAUUAAAUGCAGCUAAAUAUCUUUGGAAAAAUGAAGGUUUUAAAGGAUUUUAUUCAGGUUUAGAAAGUGCAAUUUUUGGAAUUUCAUUAAAUAAUUUAGUUUAUUAUUAUUUUUAUGAAUCUAUAACUAAAACUUUAUUAACUUCUAAAGCUUCAAGAUCCAAUGGUGGUUCUAGAGGUCUUUCAUCAUUUGAAAGUAUUAUAACUGGUGCUAUUGCCGGUUCAAUUACUUGUAUUUCAUGUAAUCCAAUUUGGGUUGCAAAUACAAGAAUGACUGUUAAAAAUGGAGAUUCAGGUAAAAAUUCAAAUACUUUACAAACAAUUAUUCAAAUUAUUCAAAAUGAUGGUAUUGGUACAUUAUUUGCUGGUGUUUUACCUGCAUUAAUUCUUGUUUUGAAUCCAAUUAUUCAAUAUACUAUAUUUGAACAAUUGAAAAAUUUUAUUAAUAAAAGAAGAGGGGGAAAAGGUAUAACUUCAUUACAUGCAUUUUUCAUUGGUGCAUUGGGGAAAUUGUUAGCAACUGGAUCAACAUAUCCUUAUAUAACAUUAAAAUCUCGUAUGCAUUUGAAAAAUGAUGGUGAAGGUAAUAAAGAAAAAACAAUUAUUGGAUUAAUUAAACAAAUUUAUUCCAAAGAAGGAUUACAAGGGUUUUAUAAUGGAUUAAAUGUUAAAUUAUCACAAUCUGUCUUGACUGCUGCAUUCUUGUUUUUUUUCAAAGAAGAAUUAACUCAAGUUAGUAUUAAAUUAUUAAGAUUGAUUAAAUCAAGAAAAGGUUCAUUAAAAGUAUGA